AUGCCUUGUGUCAAUUUACAGCUACCGGGAAUACAUGCGAGCACGGGCUCAAAUCCUCUACCACAGCUUCUGCAGACACCUUCAGGACUCGCAAUCGUUGAGAUUCAAGGAACCAUCCACGGACCGCAUGGUUCAUCCUCUGGCUCUGGCUCUGACUCCGAACAGCCACCGAUAACGACAACACUCGGGAGACUUGAGUUUCCACUCUAUGAGGCACAAGAGAAAAAUGACGGGAAAUGGAUGAAAAAGGUGUAUCUCUACAUCGGCAAACACCAGCGGUUGACUGGUGAAGUGAAAAAAUUGGCGAAGCCACUGGGUAUCAUACAGAAGGCAGGUAAUGGAAGUAUUGACUCAGCUGAAGAGACCACCUCGGAUUUGGAACUGGUUGAGAUUGUCAAGUACAAACUGCUGUUCAGUGGAAGACCUGAGCCGGUGGGAGAAUGA